AUGGGUGUUAUGCGCUUUCCUCGCCCGGCGGGCAUCUAUGUCCCCAGCUCACCCACUCGCCUGCUCACCAACGACAUGAUUUCUCCUCCUCUCUCUCCAGACUUCAACUUCGACUCUGAAGUCGUGCUGCCAUCUAUCCUCCCGGCCCUCGAGUACAUAUCCUCCAAGCUACAGCAAAAGACCAUGCAUGUCACACUGCUAGUCGGUCGCGGAAAGCCAUUCCCAACCGGCCAGCCCUCCGACCUCAUGAUCAUCCCCAUCACACCUCUCGACCCUCCCUCAUGGCGUGUGCUUGAACGAGCCAUUGCUAAGGGUGCUAAGAAAUUCUCGCUCGGUAAAAGCUGGACCGACGCGCUCAGUCGCAGCCAGUAUGAGCGCCAUGCAAACGAGUACCUUGUACAACAAUCCAUCCUUCAGAACGAGGUCAUUUUCAGCCAGGAAGGCUUGACGCUGCUCAAUAUGGACCGCAUCUAUAUCUUCAAACGGCGACUGUGCAUUCUCUCAACUCGCCCCUUUUCCCGCACAGAUGAUCAGUCCAUGACAUGUUGCGUGCAAUUGCUGCACCGCAUCAUCAAAGACUUCCAAGGCCGCCCCUUCAGCAAGGCCUUUUUCCACCGCGUCUAUGAGCAAUUAGAUGUUAAGGAUAAUCUGCUUGCUGCAGUUGCAACGGCCUAUAAGAACACUCACAAGCAAGAAGCCAUCAUACUACCGUCGAAGGCGAAGGCUGAACAUUCUCGCAAGUCACCGGUCCAUACCGCCCCGAUUCGCACCGUGCGUGUUCGACGCCAACCCCUGGCGAAGGCAACCCUCCCCAGAUCAAGCACCGCCACCAAAACAUUGCCAGCAAAGCCAUUCCCUACCAAGGCAAAUUCACCGAAGACAAAUCCCAGCCCUGUCAAAGGAAGUCCCCUAAAGUCAAGCACCAUGAAGCCUCCUUCCGUCCGGCGAGGACCGAAGACGCCCCUCUCGGCGUCGGAUGUUACCCCAAUCACUAGGAACGAGUGGAACAUACUUGUCGCCCAGGAUAUUCGGGUGCAGCCAACAGUCACCAAAUGGACUCCAUCGCCGACUGUGUACGGCAUGGCAUGA